GAGAGAGCGAAACUGUGAAACCGGAAGUUUAGGUUAAUAUUAAUAUCGAAGCUAGUAAGAGCAACAUUGGGAAAGGCAGGCAGAAUUUUACUUCUUCAAUCAACUGAACUAAAAUUAGUUGUUUCUUCAUAAUUUGGCAUCGUUGAUCAACCGGGUUUUCCAGUUUGACUUUACCUGCUUUUCCACUAGACUAGUAGAAGAACCAUGCAUUUAGCUGGCAAUUACUGGUCUACAUUGCAGCAUACAAACACCACGUUGUAGCAAGCUAUACAUUCGUCCAUGUCAACUAAUUUGUCUUGUCCUGAGUACAUGUAGGCGAUCAUCAUGGCACAAGAUAUGCCGUUAUGGUUACAUGGGAAGAUUAGUAGAGAGAAGGCUGAGAGUCUCCUGAAACCUUGGCAAGAUGGAUUUUACCUGAUCAGAGAGAGUACCCAUUACCCUGGAGACUAUACGCUAUGUGUAUGUAUCUCAGGAAGGGUUGAACACUAUCAUAUCAUCACUACACAGAAUGACAACUCACCGGGAAAGAAAUCAUUAACCAUAGAUGAAGAGGUUUUCUUUCCUAACCUGCAUGCUUUGAUAAAGCAUUAUACAGAAGAUGCGGAUGGUUUAGUGUGCAAUUUAAAGAAAGCUGUGGAAAGAAAGCGAGAUAUGAACAUUAUGGAUGGCCAUCAGCAACAGAGGGGGCCUCAUCACACUGCAGAUGGGUCUUUCAAGAAAGAUGGAGAUAAGAAUGACAUGAAAAAUCUAAUGUCAGGUCCAUGGGCUGUCAAUAAGAAUGAACUCAAACUAGGAGAAGAAAUUGGCCAUGGAUUCUUUGGAGCUGUAAAGGUGGGAGAGUACAAGAAUAAGAAGGUAGCAGUGAAAGUGAUAUCAGGAGAUAAUGAAGCAGCACAAUCUAUAGUAGCAGAAGCUUCAAUUAUGACGCAACUGAGGCAUCCAAACUUGGUUGCUCUAAUUGGAGUCAUCCCAGACCAACCAAACUCAAUAUCCAUUGUGCUAGAAUUCAUGGCAAAGGGAAACCUCUUAGACUAUGUGAGAUCAAGAGGGAGGACUGUUAUCACAAAGAAACUUCAGCUUAAGUUUUCAGUAGACAUAGGAGCAGGAAUGUGUUACUUAGAACAGAAAUCAUUUGUCCAUCGUGAUUUAGCAGCAAGGAAUAUCUUGAUAUCUGAGGAUGAUGUGGCUAAAGUAUCUGACUUUGGUCUAGCUCAAGAUAACAGUACACAGUUAGGGACUGGAGGAAAGAUACCCGUCAAAUGGACGGCUCCAGAAGCUUAUAGACGAAAGCAAUUUACAACCAAAUCUGAUGUGUGGAGUUUUGGGAUACUACUUUGGGAGUUGUUUUCAUUUGGAAGAGUCCCAUAUCCAAGAGUGCCUGCUGAUGAUGUAAUGGCUUACCUUGAAGAAGGCAGUCGUAUGCAGACUCCUGGAGAUAAUUGUAAAGAUGUCCAUGAACUCAUGAUGAAAUGCUGGGAGAUGCAGCCUGAGAGGAGGCCUACGUUUGCCAAGAUUCAAGUACGGUUAAAGGAAUUACAAGUGGCCAACCAAUCAUGAUGCUCCUUACACUGCGUUCAAUAUGUAUAUAUUGGUAUUUCAUUGUACGCUGGAAUUGAAUAAUGGUCUGAUGUUCAUUUUGAGAAAAGGUGCCUGCUUAAUUUUUUUUUUCACCCUUUAAUACAGCUGUAAAAAGACAAAAAAUAUCCUGCCAAAUUUUCUUACAAAAUAAUAGACUGUAUCUGCCAGAAUGCUCUUGGUGUCAUUUCUCAAAUUACUUGUAGGCAUUUCAUUAUCCAACGAUCUAUCUGUUUAGUUGCAGAGCAAUAACCUUGAUUUUAUAUUUUGAGGACUUUUUUAUAUUCUGAAGACUUUCCUCGGAAAUUGUAAUUUCUUUUUGUUAGUAAAAGAGGUUAGAUUUACAAGUUUAGCCUUUAUUACUUUGUCAUACUAUGUAUAUUGCUUUUAUAGAAACUAAUGCCUCGCAAAUAUGGCCACAAAUGACUUUUCUGUAGUUUAGUUGUAAUUUAAUUUUCCUGAAAAUUCAACUCUUUUGGGAGAAGGGAAUUCAAGAAAAAUCUGUUUUUUUUUUGUCAGUAUGAAUUUCAAAAUCAUUUAUUCGGUAUUAAACAAGGUUACAUAAUCUGGAAAAGCUCUUUUGCAUUUUAUGUUGAAAAAGAUUUCUAGUAAUACUAUUUUAUUGUCAGAGCUCAUUUGUAUUGGGCUUUAUUUGCUAUUAAAGACAUGUACAUGUAAAUACGGAAAAUGUUUAAAAUUCAGAUGGUGAAUAUGUACUAAAAUUUAUGAUUUUUUAUGGAUGACUCGCCUUUUGUUUCAGAGAAGCAAUAUUUUCUGUGUAAAUAGGUAAAAUUGGUAACAAAGCGAUGUAAGAAUAUCUAAAUAUAUAUUCCACCAGAUGAAUUCACUUGAUAGAAUGAAAGGCAGUGAUUAUAUUUAUAUGUGUUGAGUCUGAUUCAUAAUUCAUACUCAUCAUGCUCAAUCUGCCUGAAUGAUAAAAACAAAACAUUUCUUGGUAAUGCUGCUCUCAGAAAAAGAAUAAUAAAAAAAAUAAUACUGACACAUGAAGGUCUUGAUUAUCUCUUUUGUGCUGGUAGCAAAAGAUGUUUG